GUUAAAUGAAUACCUGACGAAAGGGCCCACGUUUCAAGGCAGUGACAUUUGAUAGCUGAGAGGAAAAGUGGCUUUAAUGAAAAGCAACCUUUGGAAUUCCUGCUUGUGAGAAAUCCAAUUCAGCUUUUUGUGCUGCCAGCAAGAAAUGAUCAGUAGCACCAGUGUUUAUGGCUUGAAGAUGCAGUGGACGCCAGAGCAUGCCCAGUGGCCAGAACAGCACUUUGACAUCACCUCAACCACUCGGUCUCCUGCCCACAAAGUUGAAGCCUACAGAGGUCAUUUGCAGCGCACCUAUCAGUAUGCCUGGGCGAAUGAUGACAUAUCUGCUCUGACUGCAUCCAACCUACUAAAAAAAUAUGCAGAGAAGUAUUCCGGCAUUUUGGAAGGUCCUGUGGACCGACCCGUACUCAGCAACUAUUCGGACGCACCAUCAGGACUAGUGAACGGUCGGAAAAAUGAAAGUGAACCCUGGCAGCCUUCCUUGAAUUCAGAAGCUGUUUAUCCCAUGAACUGUGUUCCGGAUGUUAUCACUGCCAGCAAAGCUGGAGUCAGUUCAGCCCUCCCUCCAACAGAUGUCUCUGCGAGUAUAGGGAGCUCUCCUGGGGUAGCCAGCAACCUGACAGAACCUAGUUAUUCAAGUAGUACCUGUGGAAGCCACACCGUACCCAGUCUUCAUGCAGGGCUCCCAUCUCAGGAAUAUGCCCCAGGAUACAACGGAUCAUAUUUGCAUUCUACUUAUAGUAGCCAGCCAGCACCUGCACUUCCUUCACCUCAUCCGUCUCCUUUGCAUAGCUCUGGGCUACUACAGCCCCCGCCACCACCUCCUCCGCCACCAGCCUUGGUCCCAGGCUACAAUGGGACUUCUAACCUCUCCAGUUACAGCUAUCCGUCUGCUAGCUAUCCUCCUCAGACUGCUGUGGGGUCUGGGUACAGCCCUGGGGGGGCACCGCCUCCGCCUUCAGCGUACCUGCCUUCAGGAAUUCCUGCUCCCACCCCCCUGCCCCCCACCACUGUUCCUGGCUACACCUACCAGGGCCAUGGUUUGACACCUAUUGCACCAUCGGCUCUGACAAACAGUUCCGCAAGUUCUCUCAAAAGGAAAGCUUUCUAUAUGGCAGGGCAAGGAGAUAUGGACUCCAGUUAUGGAAAUUACAGCUAUGGCCAACAGAGAUCUACACAGAGUCCUAUGUACAGAAUGCCCGACAACAGCAUUUCAAACACAAAUCGGGGGAAUGGCUUUGACAGAAGUGCUGAAACAUCAUCCUUAGCAUUUAAGCCAACGAAGCAGCUAAUGUCCUCUGAACAGCAAAGGAAAUUCAGCAGCCAGUCCAGUAGGGCUCUGACCCCUCCUUCCUACAGUACUGCUAAAAAUUCAUUGGGAUCAAGAUCCAGUGAAUCCUUUGGGAAGUACACAUCGCCAGUAAUGAGUGAACAUGGGGACGAGCACAGGCAGCUCCUCUCUCACCCAAUGCAAGGCCCUGGACUCCGUGCAGCUACCUCAUCCAACCACUCUGUGGACGAGCAACUGAAGAAUACUGACACGCACCUCAUCGACCUGGUAACCAAUGAGAUUAUCACCCAAGGACCUCCAGUGGACUGGAAUGACAUUGCUGGUCUCGACCUGGUGAAGGCUGUCAUUAAAGAGGAGGUUUUAUGGCCAGUGUUGAGGUCAGAUGCAUUCAGUGGACUGACGGCCUUACCUCGGAGCAUCCUUUUAUUUGGGCCUCGGGGGACAGGCAAAACAUUAUUGGGCAGAUGCAUCGCUAGUCAGCUGGGGGCCACAUUUUUCAAAAUUGCCGGUUCUGGACUAGUCGCCAAGUGGUUAGGAGAAGCAGAGAAAAUUAUCCAUGCCUCUUUUCUUGUGGCCAGGUGUCGCCAGCCCUCGGUGAUUUUUGUUAGUGACAUUGACAUGCUUCUCUCCUCUCAAGUGAAUGAGGAACACAGUCCAGUUAGUCGGAUGAGAACCGAAUUUCUGAUGCAACUGGACACUGUACUAACUUCGGCUGAGGACCAAAUCGUAGUAAUUUGUGCCACCAGUAAACCAGAAGAAAUAGAUGAAUCCCUUCGGAGGUACUUCAUGAAACGACUUUUAAUCCCACUUCCUGACAGCACAGCGAGGCACCAGAUAAUAGUACAACUGCUCUCACAGCACAAUUACUGUCUCAAUGACAAGGAGUUUGCACUGCUCGUCCAGCGCACAGAAGGCUUUUCUGGACUAGACGUGGCUCAUUUGUGUCAGGAAGCAGUGGUGGGCCCCCUCCAUGCCAUGCCAGCCACAGACCUUUCAGCCAUUAUGCCCAGCCAGUUGAGGCCCGUUACAUAUCAAGACUUUGAAAAUGCUUUCUGCAAGAUUCAGCCUAGCAUAUCUCAAAAGGAGCUUGAUAUGUAUGUUGAAUGGAACAAAAUGUUUGGUUGCAGUCAGUGAUAACUUCUUUAGAAAAAAAAAUGUAAUGAAUGUUGGCACACACACAUAAAACCUGCUACAUAGGGAAUAGAGCCCCUUUCCAGUAGUGUUUAAAUUGCAAAGGGUACUGGGGAAGAUGACGAUUAAGUUGCAUCUUUAGAGUCAGGGUAGAUUUGGAGGAAAAGUGCAUCAAAUGAGAGCUUCUGAUUUGAAAGCCCCAGAUGACAGAAAGCAUAUGUGGAUGCUCAGUUCUGUUCAAGCUAGACAACACUCACCAAGGAGCAAGGUGCAAGUGUGUUGAUUUCAGAAGGACAUGAACCUCGUGUGUUGAUUCCAUUCUGCUGUUCUCGAGAUUUAGUUGCUGUCAAGUGCCUGGAGUGGUGCUUUAUUUUUUGUUUGCCUCACAAUUACAUUGGUGGCAUGUGCUAAUAUAAAGAGCUUUAACUUCAAACAUUAUUGGACUAAAGAGAUGAACAGUUGUGUUAUGACAGAAAACCAGAUUUUUGCCAUUUUAAGAGCAACAGUAUUCCUCAAUCCUGUCUGUUCUGCAGUAUUAAGCUAAGAACAGGUAAAACAGGGUAACGGUAAUCUGGACCUUAAUUUCUGCAGUUCAUUUCUUUUAAUGUUCUUGUCUGCAAAAACUCAGGAAAGUGAUUGUGAUUUGUACAGUACCUCAAAGGAAUGUGUUGAAAGCACUAUGUACUGCUGAGAGUAAUAGGAUAGGCUUCAAUGUUACUUUAUAUUAAAAUGUAUGUUUACCUCAACAAUUGGAAAAUAGCAAGGAAAAUUACUUUGAAUGUAUCCAGAAAAAUACUGAAGUGUGAUACAACUGAAUAUUUACAGUUUAAAGUAGAAAUGGAAGGAUUUUUUUAAGUUCUUUUACUAAUUAUGGGGAAUUAACCAGAGCAGAAUAAUUCUUUAUGUCAAUAACUGCAAGAGUUCUUAGUACAUUGCUCCUUGAUAAUUAAGUGAAAAUGUUCUUAAAAGGUACACUGGUUAAUUGAAAGCUACUUAUUCAGUUUGUGUUAGUGUCUAGACCUGUCAGCCACAAGACCUGUUUAGGACCCUGAAAGUCACAGUACCUAAAAACUAUGACUGCCUUUUUAUUGCAUCGGUGGUAGUGGUGGUGAUGGUGGUGGUAGUUUGCAAGUUAUCUCUUAAAACUGCUGGGAAUGGUGUCAUUCUAUUCACUAAUCUAGCUUAUAGACUUGCCGUGCUAUUUGAUAGAAUGCAGAGGAUAGCAACCAAAAUGAACACACAAAUAAAUAAAAACAAAAACCAACCAACCAACUUACAUACGUAUAUAUAUCCACAAAGAACCUCUCCAUCUCCUCCCCUUCUUUUUGACUCCACUCUUGUCAGUGCAAUUUUGCUUCUCAUUUUGAAAUCUGGGCGGUAGUGCUCCUGCUUUAUUUCUACCUCAGUUUUGUUACAUUUCUCUUGGAAAGUAAAGUAGAAAAUUGGAAGUGGACACACACACUGCAAUGUAGCUUGCCAAACAUGUUACUUUGUUUUCUUCCAUCUUUCACCAUAAAUCUAGUUUCCAAAAACAUCAGCAUUUGUGCUUACUUCCACCUGAGUCUACCAGCCCCAGCCCCACCCAUAGCAUAAGUGGCAUUUUUCUUCAUUUCCUAUUUCUCUCCUGCUCUCUGUCAAGUUGUUCUUUGUAUCCUUUAAUGCUUUAUGUGCAACCUUUCAUUGACAGUGGGCUGAUGUUUGGCAAUGCUUCUGAACAGUCACAGAGCAGGCUGUAGCUUUCCACAGCCACUGCCCAUGCGUAAGCAGAACAGCCUGGCCUUUUGAAUGUAUUUUCCUGGGUUUUUUCCCCUUUUCUUUUUUUAGUUUAGAGAUGCAGUAACAAAACUGUUGCAAAGCACUGGCAUUUUAUGUAUUCAAUAAAUAAGUGAUGUACAUUUUUUAAAAAUUUUAAAUAAAUGCAAUGAGAAGCCCCAAGAAAGGUCUUUCUGUUUUUUUUUUCUUACAAAAAUUUUUACCGAUCUUAUCCACAAUGUCCAAUUCUCUGAAACACUUAACAUAGAGAAAGCUAAUGAGGGAUUUCCUAUCUCUGAAAUUUUAUGAUACUUGAUCUUUACUCCCCUUUUUUAUUUUUUAUGUUGCUAAAAACUGAGCAAUUGAACCAGAAUUGAAUUUACUAUGACAUUCUGUCAAUUAAAGCUGUGCUUAAAUAUAAAUAUUCCAUAUUAAAAAGCAGUGCCUUUCAUUAAGGAUACAAAAAAUAAUACUUAAAUAUGCCCUCUGCUUUUCACAAGUGAAUAAAUGCUACAAUCGUGUUCUGGGUCUACCCUGUGCAUCCCUUGUAAGGAAAUUCUAAUAUCCACAUUAACUUGUAGGUUCAUAUUGAUCUCACUGACAAGUUUACUUUUGCACAGUGCUGACCUAUUUUCUGACUUUUAGACAUUACAUUUCAUUUCCGCCAACAUGCUGUGUUCACUUGAAAGCGUCUGGCAAGUUUUGACAAACCCAGUCUUAUUUAGACAACUUUGGAAAAUCCAAUAUUGACCCACAUUUUUUGUGGCUAGUAAGAUUUAAUGCCAAAUAUAUGACUGCACUAUUGUGUUUUACACUCAUUUAUAAAACUGAAAAUAAAUUGAAGUCAUACAUCUUGGCUUUUAGCUUUAAAUGACUUAAAAAUUAGAACUCUGAGUAACUUAAAAAUUAAUUUGAGAUACAAGUGGUCAAAAAUCCAUGUAUUUAGACAGAAGCCGAAGUCGUAUGUGAUUUUCAUUUAGCCUCACAAAAUCCAAGAUUUGAUUUCUUAGGAAAUUGGGUAUGUUGAAGAAAUGAAGAUCUGUUUGUUGGAGGAGAUAUGGCUGACCUUUGAGUAGAUAGUGCUCUCCUGUGAUUCUUUGAUUCUGCAUGGCAGCAUUAUGAGCUCUUCUAUAAACUAGCUUAAUAAUGAGCUCUAUUCUGACCAUCCAUUCUGGAACUUGGAGUGGGGGUGGGGUACCACAUCCUCAGAAGUGAAUGUGUACAGGCGGUGAUAGUACAACUGAGUAAUCGGGCUUCAUACUCUUGGCCUCUUUUUGACUGCUGAGAAUUUGGAGAAGGCUAUUAAUGAAGGUAAGGUAAUGAGCCAGUCCAAAUCCCUCACUGUCUGGCUAAGAGAUUGAUCCAUUCCACUUUACAGCCCCUAAUUCCCUUCUUCCCAACUGCAGUAACAUUUCCAACAGGGACAAAAAGGAAGUGAAGGAAACCACUUCAGUAUUGGGAUCAAUAGAAAUUCAAGAGGUAGUUCAUAAUGACCUUAUAUGUGACACAAAUGGAAAUACUCUACUCUUCUGGCAUGCUUCUCUCCCAAAUAUUUAGAACAUUAGUGACAAUAUGAAAAACUUUGCUGACUGAGCUGAUCAAUGGAAUGUGAAGGCAGUAUACUUUAAGGCUAUUUACUUUCACACAGAAUGUUUAUCUAUUAGUCAGUUUGUAUUCUACUCAAAUGCAGAUAGACGGGUAUAAUGUUUUCUUGUGCAUUUGAAACCUAUCAAGGAGAAAAUAAACCAUUCCACUAAAAUACAUAGGCCAAACACCAUCUGGGCAAGUGAUAAAAGCUAUCCAGAGGCUAUGCUAUGUAAAAUAGCAAGGUCAAUUUACAUGGGUUGCAUAGUACUUGGCUAUGCAGUCUUCAAAAGAACACAUCCAAAAAAAAAUCCAAAUUAGUUCCUAUAAUAGAUCUUUGUAAAUUUAAAUAUAUCUGUGGGUUGGAAAAUAUGUUUUUAGAGACAUUUAGAAUUUCUUUCUCUAAAAAUGUAUCCAACUCCAAGCAGAAAGAGACUUCUGUAUUCCCAUUCUCAUGUUUCUUAGCAAGAAUUGGGUAGCAUGAUCAUUGAAUCUGUAUUUUGCAAAGUGAAAGGGAUGCAGCUUGUUGAACUAUUGAGGCCACUAAAGUUCUAAUAUAUAUAUAUAAAUAUAAAAUUAGUGUGUGUGUUUGUGUGUAUGUGUGUGUGUUCUUUCAUCACCACCUAGUUGAACUUUAAAACAAACGUCUACUUUUCAUUAUUCAGAAGCAACUUGUUACUUCCUUUCUUCGUAUGUGCAGAGAUACACAUGAUCAUUUUACAAUUCAAAGUAUUUUAAUGUGUUUUUUUUUCUUUUGAAACAUAAAGCCUUCAGUUGUUGAAUCAUCUGCCGAUUUUUAUAUGAAGCACAUUAGCAAACCUGGAGCUAUUAGUAUUUCAGAAUUCACAACCAGCUGUACUUGUGACUAACCAACACAUGAACUGAAGCUCACACUCUGCUAAGACCUUUGGUUGACAUUCGAUUUUGAACCUGCCAGAUGCAUUUGUGUGAACCAGGGAUACUGCAUCUUUAAUGAACGAAUCUCUCCUCUUUCCCCUGUUUUUAAAUACAACACAAGCAGUGUAGCACUAGGCACUGCAAUUGUCAAAGACAAUUAGACUGGAAGCAGGAAAAUUUCACCUCCCUGUCUCAGUGAUAUGUAGAAUGUCGGCAGCAUGGGUCAGCCUUGCCACAGAGUUGUGUGAGAAUAUAUGAAUCAGUCCUAUAGAAUGUUAAAUAUUUAUAAAAUGGUUCUGUAGUACACCAAGGUUGGGAGCACAUUCAUUCCUUUUUCUUGUCUUAUGAUACAAAAAAAAAAAAGAAAAAAAAAAGAAAAAGUUUAUUUCUGGGCUUAAAACUCUCCCUCUAAUAUCUCUCUCACUUUUACCCCGAUUCCCCAACCAUUCUUCUCUCCAUCUCUCUCCUCUCCUCUUCCUCUCUCUUCUCCCUCUCUCUCUUUCUCUCUCUGUCUGUAACUCUCGCUCUCUCUUGUAUGUGGGGGUGUGUGUGUGUGUAUGAGUUUCCACUGUGGAUUAUAUACAGUUGCUAGAGAAUAUUCAUUUCUUUUUUUUUCUUUUUUCAUCUGACGUAUAUUCAAACAUUGUUCUUUAUAACCAUUUCUACCUCAUUGCUACAUAUUGUACAUGUAGUAUUUAUUUGUUGUCUUUUUUUGAAUGUCAUGCAUUUCGUAAGAAAAAAGACUUGUCCUUGAACUUGAACAGUCUACCUCAGAAAGACUGUCUUUACACUGAACAGUAUUAGCAACCUAAAUGAUAAGACGCAUUAGUGAAGUGUGGCAGGGU